AUGGGCAAAUUAGAGUUCUGCCUGCAGCUUUCUUCCCGAAUACAGAUCAGUAAUUCAAGAUUAAAUGGUGAUAAGUGGAUGCACCGAGAUCUAAAUGGUCUCCAAGAAAGCUGGAUCCACGUCCCGAGACUGGGUACAUUGGUACCCUUUGUGCACAGUUCAUUACGGGGCAAGGGGGUAAUCAGGUGCCCAGCCCUGCGCAAUGACACCGACGCCGACAUACUGGCCUAUUUCCAAGAGGAGAGCGUCCCGGUCACUGAGGUGAGACGGAUCACAUCAAGGAAACAAGGAUCCAUUGUCAAUACACAUACAUUCAUCAUUACCUUUUCCACACCAGCACUCCCACAAACUGUCACCAUUGGCUACCAACGGUACACCGUCACUGUCUACAUCCCAAAUCCAUUGAGAUGCCGUAACUGCCAGAAGUACGGCCAUCAUGAGAAAAGAUGUAGACGGGCGACGGUCUGCCAGUUUUGUGGCCGCGAGGGUCACACUGACGAAAAUGACUGUGACAUUGCCGGCCGGCGCUGUGUCAACUGCGAGGGGAAGCACGCUGCCUCCUCUCGAGACUGUCCUACCUGGGGUCGGGAGAGAGAGAUCCUGCGGGUCAAAUACACUCGUAGUGUCUCCUUCCCCGAGGCCAGGAGGAUAGUUGAGAGUGGAGACACUACCGGGCCCUCUUAUGCACAGGUAACACGAGCAAAGAAACCGGUUGACAGUGUCACAGUCAAGGAUGCAUCUGUCCAGGCUUCGGAGGACAGGCCUGCAUUUGGCUCACAGGUCCCAGACUUUGCUAGCUCUAAGACUUGCAAGGUCCUAGUUGGGAACCCGUCACGCUUUCGUCAAAAACCAUCAAAACCUCCAAUGAAACAGCCAGAAAACAAACAGCCACCACUUCCAACCAACUCGACAUCCAAUCAAAACAAACCUCACCGUACACCUCCUUCACCAAGAAAACACUCCUCAUCACAACGAUGUCGCUCACUCUCUGUGCCUCGCACUAGGCACAGAGAGUGA